UCUAAGACUACUUGCAGGUUGCAUCGUGCCCAUUUACUCUCGUAUUUAUGAUAAGCACUUAUAACCUAAUAAUUACAGUUUUUUUUAUUACUGACCUAUAAGAAGGGCACAGUUUGACCCCCAGUAGCCUAUCAGCCUCAAUACUUCCGUGUUCUCUCCUCAAUAUGGCUCCUUCAGCCUCUCCUGCAACCGCUACGACGGUAUACACUCCCGUGACAACAAAGUCUACAAAGUUUAAACACCCCCUAGACCCUCUGACCCCAGAUGAGAUCAAUGCAGUGUCUUUGGCGAUCCGGCUUUACACUACCGCAAAUACACCAAUCAAGGCCGUCCGCUUCAUCACUUGCACUCUUGUCCCUCCUCCGAAGAGAGCCGUCCUUGCGGCACUAGCAAUCCCUCUGACUCCGGGCGCCCAGCCCGAAGCGCCCACUCCGAUCGUCAGGAAAGCCGAAAGUGAUUUCUUGGACGUCGUCAACGGGGGUACAUAUAACGCUAUCCUGUCUCUUGAAGAUGGCACGUGGAACGUCGAUACCUGCGGGUUAGUCGCAGAGGGCGCAGAACCUCAAAUUUCUCCAGAGGAGCUUGCCUUCUGCGAGCAUGUUGUGCGCAGAGAUCCCACAGUUCAAGCACUUGCGAGAGAAGUCGGAGUGGAACCCGACCAAAUCUAUGCUGACGGUUGGGCUAUCGGCUAUGAUGACCGCUUCCCAAAACAUACUCGCUUGCAACAAGCUUUCGUCUUCGCUCGUUAUUCUGAGCAUGAGAACCUUUAUGCCCACCCAUUGGAUUUCGUUGUAGUCAUCGACUCCCUCGCAGAGAAGGUUAUCCAGAUUGACUUCCCACCAACUUACAAGAAGGCCAAGGAUGGUUCGGUAGAGUUGGGUGUCUCGAGUACAGAGCCGUGCCCAUUGUCCGAAGACUCUUUCACCGAGUCAAAACGAGAGCGCAUUCCACCCCCUGUCCGGUCUUUUGAUUUCCUCCCGGAUCUCCUCCAGGCGGACCCGACUCACAAGCCUCGUGAUGAUAUCAAGCCUCUUCACGUUCUCCAGCCCGAGGGCGUGUCAUUCAAGAUGGAUGGCAAUGUGCUCGAGUGGCAAAAGUGGAAGAUGCACAUCGGAUUCAGUCAUCGUGAGGGUAUCGCGCUUUCGACCAUUACCUACAACGACGACGGCGAAAUCCGUCCCGUCAUGUAUCGUCUGUCGCUUGCAGAGAUGGUUGUUCCAUAUGGCGCACCAGAAUUCCCUCAUCCUCGCAAAUUCGCCUUCGACAGUGGUGAAUAUGGCAUGGGGACGAUGGCAAACGAGCUUUCCUUGGGCUGUGACUGCCUUGGACAGAUUCACUACCUCCCUGGCGCGUAUGUCACGCAUUCCGGGACUCCGUUUAUAAUCAAGAAUGCGAUUUGUAUUCACGAAGAAGAUGCUGGUGUUCUUUGGAAGCACACUGACUAUCGUCCCGGUGGCCGCCAUCAGACAGUUCGCAGCAGGCGUCUUGUUGUCAGCAUGGUCUGCACCCUUGCAAAUUACGAGUACAUCUGGAACUAUCAUUUCUAUCAAGACGGUAACAUUGAAAUUGAGAUCCGUCUUACCGGAAUUCUGCAGGUGUAUGUCGCUGCUCAAGACGAACCCAACCCUUACGGUACGACUAUCGCUCCGAGUAUCAACGCGCACAACCACCAGCACCUGUUCUCCGUUCGGGUCGACCCGAUGAUCGAUGGCCUCUACAACUCGGUCGUCGAGUCCGACAUCGUCCCUCUCAGCGCCCCCACUGGCUCGAAAGAGAACUUCGCAGGCAACGGUUUCGUUGUGAAGGACAAGGUGCUCAAGUCUCAAGUGCAAGACGGCGCGCGCGACUUCGACUGGGCCCGUGAACGUCGCUGGCGCAUCACCAACCAGGCGAGGACGCAUGAGUCAUCAGGCAAGGAUGCAAGUUAUGCUAUCAUGAUGAAGGGAGGUGUGCUUCCGCUUAUGGCGCAUACUGACUCCUGGGUUGCUCGUCGUGCUUCAUUUGCUCACAAGACGUUAUGGGUUGUAAGAGAUCAGGAGGGUGUAGAUGGUAGCAGGAUGUGGCCAAGUGGAAAGUACGUCCCUCAGACGCGUGAGGAGCCUGAGGACUCUGUUGGCAGAUGGGUCAAAGAUGGAAACGGAAGCAUCGAGAACGAGGACAUCGUGCUCUACCUGACUGUUGGCACGACUCACAUUCCUCGCCCUGAGGAUUGGCCUGUGUGAGUACCGCUCACUGCAUAUAAGAGUCCGGCCACCUAACCCUCCCUUAGCAUGCCAGUUGAGCACGUUAAUUUGAUGUUCAAACCUAACAAUUUCUUCACGAAGAAUCCGAGCAUGGAUGUCCCAGGAACAAACGACCCGAUGAGCAAGCCAGCCUUCAAUGGAGCGAAUGGCGCCAACGGCUCGAACGGCGCUUGCUGCUCCCAUUAAUGUGAUACCACUCACCCGACGUUUUCUUGGUUCUGCGUACUCGAAGGACACCAGUGUAUAACAUUUUUUUCACCGCUAUCGACUGCCCAUGCGUGUAUCAGAUAUCUCGAGUACCUAGUAUGAUUUCUCGGACAAAGAUCCGAGCGUUUAAUUUGUCUCCACUGUAUUACCUAUGCCUACUUGGAUAAAUUUCCAAGCUACUUAAUACGAUUUACUGCUGUCAUCUGUGAUCU